GCAGCAACAACAACAACAACUACUUCCUGUUGCGUCAGACCAAUAUGGCGGCGUUCAGGAGAGGUGUGUUUUGUAUUGGUCUGAGCUAUGCCUCAAACUUAGUGAGACUCAGUGGGGCGUUGGUGCGCCGACAGGUCAUGAAAUUCCCCACGACGAUCCGGAAGAACUGGAUAUCCCUGUCUGCUAUUGGUGGCCUAUGUGCAGUGCCCUUCUCACAGAAACAAGACAACCUGUCUCAUGAGGCCUUGGUCCGCAGGGCAUCCUCAUUGGUCACAGACAGCACCAACACCUUCCUCUCUCAGACCACCCUGGCACUGGUAGACUCAUUCACACAGUACGUCAAGACUAUACAUACACUGAUGACCAUACACAAGCACUAUGUUGCCUCAGUCAGCAAGCUGACCCCUGCGGAGGAGGACUCUGUGUGGCAAGUGAUCGUUCGCCAGCGCCAGGAGGUGAGUGAUUUGAGGGAGGACUGUAAGAGGUUUGAGUCUAACUGGAUGAUGGCCAUCAACCUCUCCAAACUGGCAGCUGAAACAGCAUACAACGCAGGUGCCGACCAGGCGUCUGUGACAGCACAGACCAGCCUCCAGGUGGCGCAGUCUCAUGUUGAUCAGAUCAGACAGCUCUCUAUGGAGGCAGAGAAGAACCUAAAGGAGUCCAAUGCAGAGGACAGCCAAAGGAUCAAGCUACCUGCUGCCAUGGAGGAAGAAGACAUCCCUGAGGCAUAUCUGCGAGAGGACUAACUCAAGUUUAUUACAGCCAUUCCCACACCUUUGAA